CUCAGCCAUCGACGACUCUUUGAACUUGUAAAAAUGGUGGCACCUAAGCAGUUCCUCGACUAUGUUGAAGCCCACUCGACGAAGUUCAUCGAUCGCCUUGCCGAGGCUGUCGCGAUAGCCAGCAUUAGUGGAGAUGCUUCGCGCCGUCAGGACGUGCUCAGGAUGGCUGCCUGGGUCAAGGCCGAGCUGGAAAAGUUUGGUGUAAAGACCGAUGCCAUUCCUUUGGGUAAACAGGAAAUCGAGGGGCAAGUUCUUGACCUUCCACCGGCGAUCGUUGGUCGCAUUGGCGAAGAUCCUAAGAAGAAGACAAUCCUCAUCUACGGGCACUUCGACGUGCAGCCCGCCAACGUCAGUGAUGGCUGGAACACCGAUCCGUUCAAGAUGCAUUUUGACAGAGAAACUGGCAAGAUGUUCGGACGUGGUACGACCGACGACAAGGGCCCCAUCAUGGGCUGGCUGAAUGUUCUCGAGGCCCACCAUAAGCUCGGCCUCGAGCUCCCUGUCAACAUUCGUUUCUGCUUUGAGGGCAUGGAGGAGAGUGGCUCCGAGGGUCUCGACGAGUUUAUUGCUUCUGAAGCCAAGAAGGGCGUGAAUGGCUGGUUUGGUGGUGUCGACGCUGUCUGCAUCUCUGACAACUACUGGCUGAACGACCGCACACCCGCUCUUACCUAUGGUCUCCGCGGAUUGACCUACUUCAAUAUCGUCGUCUCUGGCCCUGGAGCGGACCUUCACUCUGGUAUCUUUGGCGGCGCCGUCUUCGAGCCAAUGACCGCGGUCGUUGCACUUUUGGGCAAGCUCGUCACACCAGAUGGCCUUAUUCUCAUUCCUGGUGUCUACGACGGCAUCAAGCCCGCUGCCGCUGACGAAUUGGAGAUCUACCAAAGUCUCGACUACUCCGUCGCCGAUCUGGAAGCCGCCGCAGGUGGACACAUUGCAAUUUCUGAUGACAAGGCUACGGUGAUCAUGGCCCGCAUGCGCAACCCGUCGCUCUCCAUCCACGGAAUCGAGGGUGCGUUCUCGGGCGUCGGUGCAAAGACCGUCAUUCCUGCGACCGUCGGCGGCAAGUUCAGCUUGCGUCUCGUUCCGCCGCAACGGCCCGACGACAUCCGGGCCAAGGUCGAAAAGUACCUCAAGGAGGAAUUUGCGAAGCUCAACACGAAGUGUACUAUGAGGGUUGAGUAUCUCCACGGUGGUAUCCCAUGGGUCGCCGACCACAAGCACUGGAACUACGAAGCUGCGAAGAAUGCGACCGAGGCCGUCUACCUGAAGAGUCCCGAUUACACUCGCGAAGGUGGUUCCAUUCCCGUAACCCUGACCUUCGCCGAGAACUUGGGCGUUAACGUCCUCCUUCUCCCCAUGGGCCGUGGUGACGACGGUGCUCACUCGACGAAUGAGAAGCUUGACGUCUCCAAUUACAUUCAGGGUACUAAGCUCCUCGGCUCAUAUCUCUACGAAGUCGCUGAGAUUACAAAGGCAUGAAGCAGGGAAGCACUGCCAUGCCGCAACCCUAUGUAAAUGUAGCAUUACGCAAUGGGAUCCGAUGCGAGAGGUCGCUCCUUGUCCAAUUGCUGUAUCUGUAUCAGUACCACAAGCUGUAUCCUCGAAAACAAACGAAAAUUGUACUAUGCUUGACUCUCGCAAUCUUGCAACUC